CGCACGCUCAGGGCGCGACUUUUGAUUGCAACGAUACAGAGAAGGAUCACUCUCCACCAUCACCAGACACCACCGACGGCGUACAUACACUCAAGCUCUGCAACCUUCCAAGCUAGGCAUUCUCGGGGCGGCACUCACACGCCUGCAGCACAUUCUCAGGUCAUCUGCCAAUCGACGCAAUCCAUUUGCUUCAUCCGCUGCGAGGGCCCGGUAAAAACCGAUAUCCGUACCCUACCAAUAUUGUCAGACUACCAACGCGCCUCGUUGGUGGGAAGAAAGCAAAAGACGCCGAAUAUCCUUUUCGAGAUCUUCCACUUAUUCAGCAAAAAUGUCGUUGUCAAGGGCUUUUACCACUCGACGUGCUAAGGCUGCUUCAGCUGAAGCUACUCCCGAUAUGCCGAAAAGGUCUAUAACGGUCAGAUCGGGCGGGACCAUCAGACAUAAGAUCUCAGCGCCCAUCGAACUCAUCUCGACGACAAAUAUGCUCUCCUACAACGCCCCGGACAUCUUUCCCAGCAGCUCCUCGUCGACUUCAUCGCAUUCUGGGGAUGAAUCCGACAGGUCUCCGUCGACUUUCUCAUCACCUUUGACUUCACCAGAUUCUUCGUCGAUCGAGUCAUCUUCACCUAUUUCACCCGAGCCAAAUCACCUAUCAUGCUACUUCGGGGCUCCGUCAAGGCAGAGUGCUUCGGAUAGCGAGGCUCCUGUUGUACCGAAGAGGGCUGUAUCUCAUACCAAGAGUGCAAGCUUACAGAGAUCUGCUUCAAGAAUGUCGUCAAGGAAAACCAGCACUUCGACUGCUCGAUCAUCUAUCAACAUGUUCUCCGGCAACGUCGAGACCGUCGAGCAUCACCCAUUCGGCAAUGAGCUUGCUCAAGUCUCGGAACUCGCUGAGGAAUAUGGAAUUAGCAAGGAGAAGCUGGCUAUCGUGGAUGAGGAGGAACAAGAGUUAGUCUCGAGAGGACUAUUCAAGUUCCGAGCCGAGGACUACAUGAGCGAAAUCCACGGUCUAUUUAUGAGUGCAUUUGGCGACGCUCGACCUACGAUGUCGUCAAUGUGGAUAUAGUGUGGGACUGGUUCUCACAGGACUAUUCACCGCCAUAAUUUUGACCCUUCUUCGAUGUACAUAUUUACUUUCGGACAUUUGUCCACCUUCUUACGCUCCUUUACGAAACACAUUUUGAGAACGUUCUACGUACUGGCUUUACGGAAAAAGGGGGUGGGUUGGAGUUUCGGUUGGGUGGUUGAUCAUCCUAGUUUGAAGAUGGGGAUAUAUCUUGUCAUUGGGAGUUACGGAGAGCUCCAACACACUCAUUUGUUGUCAAUCAUGACAUCUCACAAUCUUUACAACCUGUUUCUUUUGCUGGACAGAAUGAUAGUUUUUGGAGAUCCUGCUAUGCAGGGUUGAAGCUAGACAUUAGUUGUAAAUUGAAUCAAAUUCCUAAGUACAUACAAUACAUACCUCACAACCUCCUCUAUCUGUGAAUCGAA